AUGGAACUCGAGCUGUACGAGUACUUGCCGGGCGGGAGGCGGCACAAGCGCCACAAGGCUCUCCUCGCCGAGUUCAGGCGCGGCCUGGCCGAAGCCAUCGGCACCUUCUCUAUCGUGCUCAUCUCCUGCCUGGGCAACGCCAGUCCGCACACCUCCGAACUAGGUUCGGCGCUGGCCGAGGGGCUGACCAUCAUGGCGCUGGUGUUCGCCAUCGGCCAGGUCUCGGGCGCCCACUUCAACCCGUCCACCUCCCUCGCCUUCUCCCUGCGCCGCGUCUUCGAGUGGUGGCGCCUCCUCUACUAUCUGCCCGCCCAGUUCAUCGGAGCGAUGAUGGCGGGUCUGCUGGUGAUGGGCUUUCUGGGGAAGGAGGGCGACGUGGGCGCCACGCUGCCCGACGGCGUGAGCAUCGAGGCCGGCCUCGCCAUGGAGAUCGUCUUCUCGGCGCUGAUGAACUUCGUCUACCUCAACGUGGCGGAGCGCGCCAAGGUGGUCGGAGCCAACGGUGCCAUCGCCGUCGGCGUCAUCGUCACCGCUCUCGGCAUCGUUGGCGGGCCGCUGGGCGGAGCGUCGAUGGACCCGUUCCGUUCGCUGGCGCCGGCGCUGCUGGCGGGCGGCAAGCCCCUGCGCGAGGUGUGGAUCUUCAUCGUGGGUCCGAUGGUCGGCGCGGUCCUCGCCGCGCUGCUCACCUUCAUGCUGGGGUCACGAGUGCACCCCUACGCGGUGCUCGACGCCAACGGGAUCGGCCGUGCGGGUCCCGAGGACGAGGAAGAACAGCGAAUCGACCAGGCCAGCGAGCGGUGA